AUGGAGCCAGAUACGGUUGACACUUUUGAUCAGUUGAAGCAAACCUUCCUCAACCAUUUUAUGAUUCAGAUCGAUCGCCUGUACUCCGCCGACGACCUCUAUACCGUUCGGCAGCAGGACGAUGAGCCCCUGCGAGAAUAUGCGGCUAGGUUCAGCCAUGAGUACUCUCGAUGUCCAGAAACUGACGAUAGGGCAGCCUUCGGUGCCUUCAAAAGCGACCUUCGGUCGUCUCAGUUUCGUUAUCUGGUUCACAGCAGCAACUGGACCACUUACUCCAAACUGAUGAAGCAGGCAGCUAUCCAUGCCAAGGCCGAACAUUUCAACUCCAAAGGGCCGGCUUCGGCUCUACCAACCAAAACGGACACCAACAAAAAGGGCAAGGACUCCGGUAGGCGAGGCGACUUCGACGAGCCGAAGAGGAAUCGGCCAGAGGAAAUCUUCACUUUGCUCAACACUACUUAUGAGCAUGUUCUCCUGACCGAAGGGGACAUAAUACCGAAGCCGAACAACCGGAAGCUUCCUCGGCAGAGCGAGAAGGACACCGGUGUGUUCUGCCGAUACCAUCAAUACAAUGGCCACGACACAGAAUCGUGUAUUGCCCUUCGGAAAAUUGUGGAGCGCCUCAUCAACGAAGGAAGGCUGGAUCAGUAUUUGAGCACUAAACCAACCUCGGAUAAACCACCGAAUCGGCAGAUCAAUAUGAUUAGUGGAGGGACACCCAUCGCCGAAACUAGCAACCGAUCUGUCAAAGAUUAUGUGCGUGCCGUUCAGUACCCCCAGAUCCUCAGCGUAGAUCAAGGCCGCAACAACAAAGUCCAGCGAAUCGGCUGGGAGCCUAUUACCUUUUCCGAAGAAGAAGAGCGAGGCAUCAUCUUCCCCCACUCUGAUCCCAUGAUCAUCCGAGUCGACAUUUCCGAUUUCGACGUAGGCCGAAUCCUCAUCGACACCGGCAGUUCGGUCAAUGUCUUAUUCGCCGACGCUUCCAAUGCCUCGGCAUAG